AAAAUUAGUUUAUUUUAGACAAAGUAACAAUAUGAGCCUUUUGAGUAAGUAGAAAGCAGCUUCUCUAACCUAUUUCUCUUCUGGAGGAAAAAUAAAAAAUCAUGGCUCCUCCGGUGGUUCUCAUGGUUGCAGAAAAGCCUAGCAUCGCUCUCUCUAUUGCUUCUGCACUGUCUCAUGGCCAGAUGUCCUCUAAGAAGGGUGGUACAGAGGUUCAUGAGUUUGAUGGGAUGUUUCUUGGGUUUCAAGCACAUUAUAAAGUGACAUCAGUUAUUGGGCAUAUUUUCAGUGUAGAUUUUCCACAAAAAUAUCAAGACUGGACAGCCAAUGACCCUAUGGAUCUUUUUCAAGCUCCAAUUGUUAAGGCAGAAUCAAACCCUAAGGUGCAUAUCCGUAGGCAUUUAAGUCAAGAAGCUCGUGGAUGUGGCCAUUUGGUAUUAUGGUUGGAUUGUGAUCGUGAAGGAGAAAAUAUAUGCUUUGAAGUUAUUGAAUGUACUGGUUUUCAUUUAAAUGAUUCUAGAAGAAGGGUAUAUCGUGCACGGUUUUCUUCAGUUGCUGAGAAAGACAUCUUGAAGGCCAUGGAUAAUCUUGUUCAACCCAACAGAGAUGAGGCAUUAGCUGUAGAUGCUCGACAAGAGAUAGAUUUAAAAGUUGGUGUUGCAUUCACACGAUUUCAAACUAGUUUUUUCCAGGGAAAGUAUGGGAAUCUUGAUUCAAGAGUUAUCUCCUAUGGCCCUUGUCAAACUCCGACCCUUGGGUUUUGUGUACAGCGUUAUUUGCAAAUUGCUACUUUUAAACCAGAAAAGUUUUGGUCUUUGCGACCUCACUUAAUAAUUGAUGGUUAUCAACUUCAGCUAGAGUGGGAACGUCACAGGUUAUUUGACUUAGAUGUUGCUUUAAUGUUUCAAAAGCAGGUAUUACAGGAUGGAAUACUAGAAGUGAUUGAUAUAUCACAAAAACAGGAAACGAAAGGUCGCCCUUCUGGUCUAAACACAGUGAACCUUCUAAAGGUUGCUUCAAGUGCAUUAGGCUUUGGACCUCAAAUGGCCAUGCAAUUAGCUGAACGCUUGUAUACUCAGGGAUUUAUCAGCUAUCCGCGUACAGAAAGCACAGCCUACCCUUCUUCAUUUGACUUCAAAAGCAUACUUAGUACACUAUUGAACAAUUCCAUAUGGGGUGACUCUGUCCGGAGGCUGCUUGUUGAAGGUUACCAUAAGCCUCGGUUGGGAACAGAUGCAGGUGACCAUCCUCCUAUAACUCCAAUUCGUUUAGCAACUGAGGAUAUGCUAGGCAAAGAUGCUUGGAGACUAUACCAGUAUGUCUGUCAACAUUUUAUAGGGUCCGUGUCUCCCGACUGCAAGUAUGUCAGGACAAAGGUGGAAUUUUCUGUCGGUGGAGAGUUCUUCCAUUGUAUAGGGCAGCAUGUUAUAGUAGAAGGGUUUACAUCUAUUAUGCCAUGGUUGGCAGUAACUGAGAAAAAUCUUCCUCAGCUUGUGAAAGGGGAGAAAAUAGAAGUUUUGAGGAUGGAGCUAUUGGAGGGCAAAACCACUCCCCCAGAUUAUCUCACUGAGAGUGAGCUGAUUUCCUUGAUGGAGAAGAAUGGAAUUGGUACAGAUGCAUCAAUACCCGUACAUAUUAACAACAUAUGCGAACGUAACUAUGUGCAGGUACAAGCUGGCAGGAGGUUGGCUCCUACCAUCUUAGGUAUCACUCUGAUAAGAGGCUAUCAAUGUAUUGAUCCGGAUCUCUGUUUACCUGAUAUUCGUAGCUUUAUUGAGCAACAGAUCACACUUGUUGCCAAGGGCCAGGCAGAUCAUUCUCGAGUUGUGCAGCAUGUGCUACAACAGUUCAAGCAAAAAUUCACUUACUUUGUUAAGCAGAUUGACAACAUGGAUGCAUUAUUUGAAGCACAGUUCUCUCAACUUGUUGACUCUGGACGUGCUCUUAGUAAAUGUGGUAAAUGCCUGAGGUACAUGAAGUACAUUUCAACUCAGCCACCCCGUCUGUAUUGUGGUACAUGUGAAGAGGUUUAUUACCUUCCCCAGAAGGGCACAAUCAAGCUAUACAAGGAAUUAACAUGCCCUUUGGAUAACUUUGAGCUGUUGAUAUUCUCCAUGGCUGGGCCAGAAGGCAAGACAUUCCCUCUCUGCCCAUACUGCUACAAUAACCCUCCUUUUGAAGGCGUAGAUACACUAUUCGGUGCCAGUAAGAAUGGUAAUUUUGGGAAGCUGGGGAAGGGAGCAGGCAUGCCGUGCUUCCUUUGCCCACAUCCAACAUGCCGACAUUCUCUGAUAGCCCAAGGAGUUUGCGCUUGCCCAGAAUGCAGUGGAACACUUGUUUUGGACCCAGUAAGUGCUCCCAAGUGGAGACUUUAUUGCAAUAUGUGUAAUUGCCUUGUCUUGCUCCCUCAAGGUGCCCAUCGUAUAGCCACUACGCGUGAGCGAUGCCCUGAAUGUGACUCGACAAUCAUUGAAGUGGAUUUCAACAAGAAUACAACACCCUUGGAGGAUGGAGCUACCUUGCAUAUCGGUUGCAUUCUAUGUGAUGAUCUGCUUCAUUCUCUUGUAGAGGUGAAGCAUGGCAAAUCAUUUUUCAAACGGUUGGGAGCAGGAAGAAGGGGAAGAGGUGCAGGGAGAGGUAGGGGUAGAGGGCGGAGUUCUGGAAGAAGAGGGGAUCCUAAAAUGAGCUUUCGGGAUUUCUGAAUGGCAUUGGAUAAACAAUAAUAUAUGUUCGGCAUUUGAGAGUGCAACUCGAUACAAAAUGUUUGUGAAAUAUUUUCUUUUUUAUUAUAGCUUUUUAUUUUAUUGCUUAAUUAA